AGGGGCUUCCGGCAGCUGUGCUGCGUAAGCGGGGGUCACCAUGGCGGCCUCCUUGGUCGGAAAGAAGAUCGUGUUUGUCACGGGGAAUGCCAAGAAGCUGGAGGAGGUCAUUCAGAUUCUAGGAGACAAGUUUCCAUGCACUUUGGUGGCACAGAAAAUUGACCUGCCGGAGUACCAGGGAGAGCCGGAUGAGAUUUCCAUACAGAAGUGUCAGGAGGCGGCUCGCCAGGUACAGGGGCCUGUACUGGUGGAGGACACCUGUCUGUGCUUCAAUGCCCUCGGGGGGCUGCCUGGCCCCUACAUAAAGUGGUUUCUGCAGAAAUUAAAGCCUGAAGGUCUCCACCAGCUCCUGGCCGGGUUCGAGGACAAGUCAGCCUAUGCGCUUUGCACGUUCGCGCUCAGCACCGGGGACCCCAGCGAGCCCGUGCGCCUCUUCCGGGGCCGGACCUUGGGCCAGAUCGUGGUGCCCCGAGGCUGCCGGGACUUUGGCUGGGACCCCUGCUUUCAGCCUGAUGGAUACGAGCAGACGUACGCAGAGAUGCCCAAGGCUGAGAAGAACGCCAUCUCCCACCGCUUCCGGGCCCUGCUUGAGCUACAGGAGUUUUUUGGCAGCUUGAUUCCUCCUGGGGCUGGAGGAGGCCAUGUGGGCCGGGGAUCUGGGGAGGGCUAACCCGAAACCUCUCCCAUCAGGCAGACACCCCUCCAAGUCCUUCCUUCAGGGUUACCCCUUCCUGGGGGUUUUGAGGCCUCUUCACCAGCCCUGU